AUGAGAUUGAGAGGCUCAAAGAACGAGUGGAGGAAAGGCCCUUGGACUCAUGAAGAAGAUAAAUUGCUUACUGAAUAUGUCAACUUGCAUGGCGAGGGAAACUGGAGUUCCGUAUCAAGAUUUUCAGGGCUGAAUAGGAGUGGCAAAAGUAGCAGGUUGCGAUGGGUGAACUAUUUGAAACCUGGACUCAAGAAAGGCCCACUUACACCUCAAGAAGAAGGCAUCAUUAUGGAGCUGCAUGCUGUGCUGGGUAACAAGUGGUCUACAAUAGCUAGCUACUUGCCUGGUAGAACAGACAAUGAGAUCAAGAACUAUUGGAGAACCCACUUCAAGAAGAAAGAUUACAAGUCCUCUCACAAUAAGAUCGUCGAAAAUCGAAGAGCAAAGAUGCUAAGUAACCAUCAAACAGUUCAAGAUAAACAACCUGAAGAAUAUGAUACAAAAAGCAUAUCGUCUCAUGCGGAGGCAAAAAAUGAACCAGGCAAUACAACCGAGACACCCGAAAACAAAAUGCAGGAGAUCAUGGACUUAAUUCAGAACCCAAAUUUCGAAGAUCAGUUUUACACACCUUCAAUGUGCCAAGAGACGUACUUUCCAUCAUCCAUAUGGCAAGAAACUGCAGGAGAUGAUAGCUUGUGGGUUAGUUUAUGGGACCAGCUUGAUGCAUGA